GUGCGCACUGCAGCGGGAGGCAUUUUUUUUCAAUCUUUCUGGAGGAUGUUGCCGAUCCUCGCUCCCUCCGACCACCGCCGAUGCCCGUGUGCCCUCCGUCUCUCUCCAGCCACGCACUCGGCGAGCGCAUCGGGGAGCGGGAUGGCCGCACGGACCGGAUCUCACUGAAGGAAGUCUCAUGUAGAUGCCGAGCCAGAGGAGAGUCCAGGGAGCAGCAGCAGUAGCAGCAGCAGCAGCAGCAGCGGGGCAGUCGAUGCGCUCUCCUCAGCACCCACUCAAGCUCCUCCCCAGGCCUCGGCUGGAGCCCCAGGCGAGGGUACAGACAGCGGUUCCUGCUCUGACUCAGACACGUCCUUAGACUCCAGCUCCUUCACAGAGGGCGAAGACGAAGACGAGCAAGAGGAAGAUCCCAAUAUGUUUUCCUCCAAAUUCCUCAGUGGGACCAAUCCACUUAGCGCCGUAUCCUCAGCUGUCAACAAAUUUGGCCUAUUUGGUGAUGAUGGGGAUGGUGAUAAAACACCGAAAGGUGGACAGCAGCAGCCAGGGGCGGACCCCGGCAAAGGCCAACCACAACAGAAGGAACCUUUGAAAUCUAACCAGAGUGCUCCUGUGCAGAGGAGCCAGCCCUCUGCAAAACAGGGACCCCCACAGCCACAUGGCAACGGCCAGGCAGGACCUCCAAAACAGUCCGACGGUCAACUGAAAGCCUCGCAGCAACAAGGUACACCCAAACCUGGACCUCAAAGCAACAGAGCGGGAGCUGGAUUACAAGAGACAAAAAUUGGACAGCAGCAGGGGUCUCCUAAACCUUCCCUGCAACAACCAGGACUACAGAAACCAUCUCCACAACAACAGGGAUCUCCUAAACCAUUACAACAACAAUCGGGGCAACAGAAACCAUCCAUGCAACAACCAGGACCAAUUAAACCAUCCCCACAACAACAGGGAUCUCCUAAACCACUACAGCAACAAUCGGGGCAACAAAAAACAUCCCAGCAGCAAUCGGGGCCCCCUAAGCUAUCAACCCAACAACAGGGCUCCCCUAAACCAUCUCAGCAACAAUCAGGGCCACCUAAACUGUCUACCCAACAACCGGGGUCGCAGAAACCAUCUCAGCAACAAUCAGGACCGCUUAAACCAUCGCCCCAACAACAGGUAUCGCAGAAACCGUCCCCACAGCAACAACUGAGUUCCCCAAAAGCUUCACCACAACAGGCCUCCUCAAAAGUGGGAGCAUUGCAGCAGACCCAACAACAAGGCUCAAAAGGACCCUCCACGGGGGACGUUAAGAAAGCGUCUCCAGUUUGUCCUGUGUGCAACACGACCAAACUCAAUAUGCACACCAAGGAAGCACCGAACCAUAAAACCUGCACGCAGUGUAAAACUGAAGUCUGCAGCUUGUGUGGCUUCAGCCCGCCUGACGCUGAUGCAUCUGAGUGGCUUUGUCUGACCUGCCAGAUCAAGAGAGCUGAAGCACCACCGAUGAAAAAGCCAACGCCGUCCCCCUCCAAAAUGCCAUCCCCUGCCUCUUCAGGUUCACCCAGUAGGACACAAACUACAUCAGCAGCCAAAAGUGAAGCACCAAAAGGCCAAGCAAGUCCUAAACACGUCAAUGUAGACUCCCGGAAACAACAACUGGAGAAAAACAGUCCGGCAGCAGCCAGUCAACCGGAAUCUGGAGGCCUGUUCGGGUUCGGUGCUUCUAAAACGGCAAAACCUGAGGAAUCAGUGACUGGGAAAAUGUUCGGAUUCGGUUCAUCCAUUUUCAGCUCGGCAUCCACCCUGAUAACCUCGGCGGUUCAGGAUGAGCCCAAAACUACCCCGCCGAUUUCCCCUCAAGUGCAGAGCAAAAAUGCCAUUCAGGAGAAGAAACUACAACCGGAGCAGUCCAGGGUUCCUCCUGGUGGACGUACUCCAUCGAGUCCUUCGAAAUCACCCGCUAAUGUUCCCAAAAAAGGCCAAUCGUCUUGUCCUCUUUGUAAGAUGGUGCUCAACGUGGGCUCCAAGGACCCUCCCAAUUACAGCAGCUGCACUGAAUGCAAGAGCAUUGUCUGCAAUCAAUGUGGAUUUAACCCGAUGCCAAAUGUUAAAGAGGGCAAGGAGUGGCUUUGUCUGAACUGCCAGGUAAAACGUGCGACAAGUGGACUCGACCCUCCCAAAGACACCCCGUUGGCCAGUUCUCCAGCAAAAACGACCCCUGCUCAGCCUCCUCUUCACAAGACUCCUGCGCAAGGCUCUCCUCACCGAACUCCAGGAGCACAGCCGUCCAACGUUGAAGCUGUUAAAGCACAAGACAGUCAGAAACAGGUAGCCCCAGCUCCUGCUCAGAAAGCACAGCAGGACAGCGUGAAGGCAGAUCAGCAGAAAAAAACAGAGCCAUCGCAAAAGCCAGGCAAUGCCACUGAAGCUCCACAUCAAGAGUCAGGUGGAUUCUUUGGUUUCGGCAGUCCUAAAAAGCAGCCCGAUGCUACUAAGCCUGCCGAGUCAGUGACAGGGAAGAUGUUUGGAUUUGGUUCAUCCAUAUUCAGCUCUGCGUCCACUUUGAUCUCUUCUGCUGUGCAAGAUGAACCCAAACCAGCAGCACCGGCCUCUCCCAGGAUGUCGAUUUCAAAAGACUCUCCGUCGACGAACAAACCAGAAAAGAAAACAGAACAAAGCCAACAGCUGAAAGGAGAUAAACUUAUAUCAGAGCCAAUCAAGAAAGUCACUGCUCCUCCACUUGAUUCCAAACCUGCUCAGUCAUCAUGCCCUGUCUGUAAAUCACAGCUCAAUGUCGGCUCGAAAGAUCCCCCCAACUUCAACACCUGUACAGAGUGUAAAAACACGGUCUGCAAUCAAUGUGGAUUUAGCCUCGUGCCAAAUGUAAAGGAGAUAAAGGAGUGGCUAUGCCUCAACUGCCAGAUGCAACGAGCCCUCGGAGCAUCCGACCCUCCGGGCACCCCCUUGAUGAAACCGAAAGCCUCACCAAACAAAGCUCCUGCGUCCGUGACAGUCCCGAAGAAGGAAACACAGCAACAAUCUCAAACAAAAGAUGAUUCGAUAAGUGCGGAGUCUAAAAUUAAGGAAAUACCUGCAAAGCAAUCUCCAAAGAAAGAUGUUGUGAACCAAAAACCAGCUUCAGUUCCGAAAGCUCCAUCCGAAAACCAGAAGAAAGGUCCUCAAAAGCAGCCAGAAGAAACAGUAUCACCUGGGUUGAAGCAGAUAAAUGCCCCUUCAAAAACCCAAGAAGAUCCCAGUGGUCCUAAACCCCAGUCUGAAACUGUCAAACCCACUGACUCUAUAGGCGGUAAAAUGUUCAGCCUAGGCUCCUCUAUCUUCACUUCAGCUUCCACUUUAAUGAACUCAGCCGGCCAGGAUGAACCAAAAACAAAUUCCCCGCAUUCCCCCAAGAUGCCUGCCACAAAGGUGACCAAGCCACCUCUUGCUCAGGAGAAAGAACCUGGAAAGAAAGACGAGCCCAAGUCAUCCACACCACCUAAACCUCCAACAGAUCAUUCAAAGGAUGAAACCAUCCCCCAACCACUAUCUAAAGAAAGCCAGUCUAAUUGUCCUCUUUGUAAGGCGGAACUAAAUUUUGGCUCAAAGGAUCCUCCCAACUACAGCAAAUGCACCGGAUGCAAAAACACUGUUUGUAACCAGUGCGGAUUUAGUCCAGUGCCAAACCUUUCAAAGGUAAAAGAAUGGCUAUGCUUGAACUGCCAGAUGCAAAGAGCUCUGAAUGCUUCUGAGCCUCCAAUGAAACCUCCUAAUGCAGUAACUAAAACCCCGCCAUCGUCUAUACCUCAGAAGACAACCGAUUCGAAGGAGGUUGAAUCAACCAAGAAGGAUGCAUUAAAAUCUGACACGCUUCCAAAAAUGCAGACUGCAGCAACUGAUAAGGGGACGGAUGGUUCUAUACCAAGUACGCUACAGAAGGUCCAACCUGUGGCUGCAAAAGAACCAGAUAAUAUCAAACAGGGUACACCGGUGGAACCUCAAAAGAAGGUUUCUGACAAACCAUCUGACACACAAAUCUCUCAUUCUGUACAAAAACAAAGCAAUGUCACUUCAAACGUCCACAAAGAACCAUCCAAACAGUUGGGCACGAAUGUCCCUAAAACUACUUCUGAUGCCUCCAAGACAACAGACUCAAUCUCUGGGAAGAUGUUUGGCUUCGGUUCUUCCAUUUUCAGCUCAGCAUCCACGUUGAUAUCAUCAGCUGUUCAGGAAGAUUCUCGCACGACACCGCCAAAUUCUCGUAAGAUGUCCGCUCCAGUUCAGGUCUCCCCAAAGAUUUCAGCUGGGCCCAAGGUUACUCCCAAAAUUCCACUGACAUCUUCUCCUGUAAAAGUGCCAUCAAAGGAACCUGGAGGUUCUGCUCAAGAGGUCAAGGAAAAGCAGGAUAAAGAUUCAUCACAACCACCAAAUUUCACCAAAGCGUCCCACUCCCAAGAAACUUGUCCACUAUGUAAUAUCAAGCUUAACAUUGGCUCCAAGGAACCUCCAAAUUACAGUAUCUGCUCCGAGUGUAAGACCACUGUCUGUGACAAAUGUGGAUUUAACCCUAUGCCCAAUGCAGAGACAAAGGAAUGGCUUUGCCUUACCUGUCAGAUGAAAAGAGUGGUAAAAGCAUCUGAGCAACCUGCUUCUCAAAACCAGAAUCAAGCAGCACUCAGUAAAAUUCCAGCUGCAGUCAAGUCAACAGACACCUCCAAACCAAUUACUCCGUUAACUAAGGUGACUCCAAAUGCCGCUGAAACCCAACAGGAGAAGCCAGCUUUGGUUAAACCAAACAAACCUGAAGCUUCCACUGCACCUGCUAAGUCGGUUAGCUCAGCUCCCGAUGUGAAAACGCAACUGAAAAAUGAGAAAACUGUUCCUGUGAAACCAACAGAUCAGGCAAGCCAACCUGUGCAGAAGCAGACUAAUGCCACUGCAGCAAAGCCGCAAGAGACUGGAGGAUUUUUUGGCUUGGGUGGUACAAAACCUAAACCAGCUGCUGAGAAGCCUGCCGAUUCCGUGUCGGAAAAGAUGUUCGGAUUUGGUUCUUCAAUCUUCAGCUCGGCAUCUACAUUGAUAACAUCAGCUGUUCAGGAUCCGCCAAAGACCUCUCCGUCAGCUUCUCCUAAAAAGUCCCCUGCAAAUGAUCUUAAACCUGAUGCCCCAAUGAAGCCUGAGGCACAGAAGAAGUCAUCAGAUUCAACACAGCAAGCAACAGUACCUCCACCAGGUCCCACUAGAAAAGAUAGUGACACACCAACACAUCCGCAGCUUGCUAAAGCUACCAAGUCUGCUGUCAAACCAGGUUCUACGUGUCCGUUAUGUAAAGCUGAACUCCACCAAGACAACUCCAAUAGCUGCACUGAAUGCAAAAACACUGUAUGUAAUCAGUGUGGAUUUAACCCAAUGCCAAAUGAAACAAAGGUUGCGGAGUGGCUGUGCCUCACCUGCCAGAUGCAACGUGCUCUAGGUGAGGGCAAACAUUCAGGAGUUGUGACUAAAAACUCUCAGCCUCCCACAAAAGUGACCACAGCUGAACCUGAAAAGAAAGCAGCUCCAACACCAAUAUCCCCUCAGAGACAACUAACAGCUGGGACAGCAAAGCCUGCUGUGGCCUUGGAUGCUAGCAAGCCAGAUGGUCCAAAGGCCAACACAUCCUCUCCUAUUAAAAAGACUCCACGGGACCUUCAAAAUAUACCAAGUCCCAGAACAUCACCGGGUCAGAUAAGGCAAGCUGAACGUAAGAAGAGCAAUGCGUCUGAGUCAGGAGGAUUCUUUGGUUUCGGCGGCAGUAAAGCCCAAUCUGACGCUUCCAAGACAGCAGAGUCAGUCACCGGAAAAAUGUUCGGUUUUGGAUCAUCCAUUUUCAGCAGUGCCUCUACUUUGAUCAACUCAACGCCACCGGUUUCUCCCAAGAUGUCCCCCACAAAACAGAGUAAACCGCCUUCUGUCCAAAAGGAGGAACCGACAAAGCCGGAGAAAACUCAGCUAGCAGAAACAUCUUCACCUGAACAGAGCAAAAUGGAAAAAUCUAAAAAAGAUGUGCAGUCCACUUGUCCGCUUUGUAAAGUCGAAAUCAAUGUUGGGUCCAAAGAUCUACCAAACUAUGACACCUGCACCAACUGCAAGAGUACUGUCUGCAAGCAGUGUGGAUUUAACCCUAUGCCAAAUGUAUCAGAGAAAAAGGAGUGGCUCUGUCUCACAUGCCAAAUGCAAAGAGCUCUCUCAGCAGCAGAAGCAGUGGAGCCUCCAUUGAUAAAACCUCAGCCAUCGGCCAAGAAAGAGACAACAGCAGCUGCUGCCACCACAAAUGAAAUUAAAGAUAGGAUUCCUACACAGAAAACAGACAUCAACCAGGAAGUGAAAACAACAGCGAUAACACUACAAAAGAAAGAAGAGACUCCAGCCACUGUCUCGGUUGAAACAAAAGCAAUCAAAACACCAUUACCACCUACGAAAGAGGUCCAUAUCUCUUCCGCACCUGCAGUUGAAGAAAAGCCAACUGCUGGUGCGCUUGCUGAUAAACCAGUCACAGAACAAGCACUUCCUGUCAGGACAGAUGUUGAUUCUUCACUCAAGAAGAAAGAUCAUCCUUUACCAAGCUCUCUUGCUAACUCAGAGCCGUCAGAAGCGCGAGAAACGGUUGCAAAAUCUGUGGAUCAAGUAGUGACAACUGUUGAAGAUAAACAUGGCCCAAAGUCAACAAACAAGGAUCCGAAACUCGUUGAAAAUGCAACUCCCAAAUCAUCUGAAUCAACAGAGCAACCAACUCAACAAACGGUGGGCGAUGCCAAAAAAUCUCAGCAAGGUACCUCAAAAACAGCCGAAGCCGUGACCGGGAAGAUGAUGGGAUUCGGUUCAUCGCUCUUCAGUUCAGCAUCAUCUUUGAUAACAUCUGCCGUUCGCGAGGAAUCACGCACGACACCGCCGAGCACUCGUAAAAUGUCCGCCCCGGCACAAGGCUCCGUUAAAGCGUCGGCACCUCAGAUUCCGCCAGUCAAGUCGAGCCCUGCAGUCUCGCCACUUAAAACCACAGCAAAGGAGGCAAAGUCAUCUCCGGAAAAGGCUUCAGAGGAAACCCGACCUAAAAUCCAAGCUCCUCCAAUAGAGACAAAGAAAGCGGACCAAGGUUCAAAAGAACCUUCGAAAGUAGAGACUUCUGAAGCUGCUCAAAAAUUAAGCAACUGUCCUCUUUGUAAAGUCGAACUUAAUAUGGACACCAAGGAUCCGCCUAAUUACAACACAUGCACUGGAUGUAAAUGCACAGUCUGCAACAAAUGCGGAUUUAGCCCCAUGCCAAAUAAAGCAGAUGGAAAAGAAUGGCUGUGUCUCAACUGUCAGAUGCAGAGGGCACUUGGGGCUUCCGAGCCUCUUGGGCUUCCUCUUAUAAAAUCUCAUUCACCGAGCAAAGAAACGCCAACGCCAAUUCUGAAAAAAGAUGCAGGGAUACCAGCUUCUCAGGAUGACACUGUUAAACCCAAACCUGUUUCAUCUGGAAGUAAGGUUGUCAGCGUUGUCACAUCUAAAGAAAGUGAAUCCCCUGUUAUUGGCGAGCUUACUGACAAGACAACAUCAGAAACUGUUUCCUUACCUGAAAAAAGCGGUCCUGCUACGAUCAAGAAAACUGAUGUUGCAGCUGUUUUACCGGAAAAGACACCUGAAAUACAAACUGGAUUAGCCCAGAAGCAGCCAGCAAAAACAGCGGUCCCAAACGUAAAAGCUGUUACAUCAGAAGCAGCAAAAAUAACACCUCAACAACCUAAAGAAGCUGCGAAAUCUCCCGCAAAAUCUGUAUCACCACCAACUCAACCUGUAAAACAGGAAUAUGGAGGCUUCUUUGGUUUCGGUGCUACUAAAACACAACCGACGACAGCCAAACCUGCUGAAUCAGUGACCGGGAAGAUGUUUGGUUUUGGGUCAUCUUUCUUGAAUUCGGCUUCAAAUUUGAUAACCUCCGCUGUUCAAGAUGAAACAAAAACUACACCACCCACACCGCGCAAGAUGUCCGUGCAGGCCUCGCCUAAGACGACACCGCCCGCUUCUCCUAAAGCGGUACCAGGAAAAGACAAUAAAGUACAGACUCCCGUCAAGAAAGAGGAAACAAAACCCGAUAAACCACAAGAAAAAACUACUCCAAUUAUACAAGAUAAAGUUGUUCAAGUGCCAGCCGUAUCGUCCAAGGCUUCUGCAGACACUCAGGGGGUUCCAAAAGCAGCUCAGUCCACCUGCCCGCUCUGUAAAGUACAACUCAACACGGAUAGCAAAGAUGCUCCCAAUUUUAACACCUGCACCGAAUGCAAAACGACUGUCUGCAACCAGUGUGGAUUCAGUCCAAUGCCGGGCAUAUCAGAGGUGAAGGAAUGGCUAUGUCUGAAUUGUCAAAUGAAGAGAGCGCUUGGAGCUUCAGAACCUACUGGACCUUCUGCAGUGAAACCGCUGCCUUCACCAGUGAAGAUUGCUCCACCCACCUCCAAACAAAAUGAUACAGUAGUCCAGCAAGAGAAGCCAACGUUAAUCAAAAAUGAGAUUGGACAAGUAGAGAAAAAGGUUCCCCAGCCAAUAACACCCCAAAAUACGGAUUCUCAAAAACAAGAUUUGAUGCCGAAGCAAAAAGAUACCACUGAUGUUGAUCAAAGAAAAGACAAGGAGGUCACAAUUGAAAAGCAGCAACAAGGGGAUGUUUCACAAGCUCCCAAAACAGAAGUAAAACCAGUUGGUGAAAAACAGGCAGAUGAAAAAACACCUGUACAGCCUUCUAAAUCUCCGAUUCCACCUGUCACUACCACGCCACAACCAGCCUUGUCUGCAAAAAUUGAACCUGGGGACGUUUCUCAAACUACGAAACCAGAAAUCAAGGCUGUUUCCGCAAAACCAGCAGAUGGAAAACCACCUCAACAGCCCUCUAAAUCUCCGAUUCCACCUGUCACUUCCACGCCACAACCAGCCUUGUCUGCAAAAAUGGAAUCUGGGGACGUUUCUCAAACUACAAAACAAGAAAUCAAGGCUGUUUCCGCAAAACCAGCAGAUGGAAAACCACCUCAACAGCCCUCUAAAUCUCCGAUUCCACCUGUCACUUCCACACCACAACCAGCCUUGUCUGCAAAAAUGGAAUCUGGGGACGUUUCUCAAACCACGAAACCAGAAAUCAAGGCUGUUUCUUCAAAACCAGCAGAUGGAAAACCACCUCAACAGCCCUCCAAAACAACAACACAACCUACCAAAACUGCACCACAACCUGCAAAGAAGGAGUCUGGGGGAUUCUUUGGAUUUGGCGCUCCUAAAACACAACCAGUUCCUUCUGCAAAGCCCACUGAAAGUGUCACCGGUAAAAUGUUUGGAUUUGGCUCCUCUAUUUUUAACUCUGCAUCUACCUUAAUAACCGCUGCUGUUCAAGAUGAGACCAAAACUACUCCCCCGGUCUCUCCGAAGAUUUCCCCUGCGAAGACUGCAAUGAAACCACAAGAACCUCCACAAGUCAAAUCGACUCCGCUGAGCCCAGCUAAAACAGAAAAUAAGCCAUUAGAAGCCAAAGAAGUGGUAGGAGGCUCCAAAACGGAUGGUUUCAAAGCAGAUGUGUCUACCUGUCCGCUCUGUAAGGUUGAACUCAAUCUUGCCUCCAAGGGACCUCCCAAUUACAAUACCUGUACCGAAUGCAAGACCCUUGUGUGUAACCUCUGUGGAUUUAACCCAGUUCCUCAGACCGAAACGAAGGAAUGGCUGUGUCUCAACUGCCACACUCAAAAAGCUUUGUUGGGACAACUGGGCGACUCAGGGAAAAUGCCUCAUCCUUCACCCAUACUGGCACCACAAGAGAGUCGAGCCAUACCUGCAACCACAAAGGCAGAGCCCCAGCCAGCUCAAGCAAAGCCCAAGCCCGAGGAGGUUGUCGUAAAACCGCAGAGCACGCCAACCCCCACCAAGCCGGUAACAACAGCUCCGACGACAGAGGCUGAAACGCCAAAGGUGCCGUCUUUGACAAACGUUGAACUAGAAUCUGCAGCACCACCAAAGGCAACAGUUCAAGAGGAAAAUUUAGUUGAGCCAGAUAAACCGAAGACUGUCUCAGAACCGAUUUUGCCAAGUGCAGAUGUUCCAGAAAACGUAACGGUUGACAGAAAAGAAUUAGAGAACGCAGAAGCAACGACAAAACCAGACCUCACAGAUUCAACUAUUGGGGUUUGUAUAAAUGAAACAAAGCCGACCUCGCCAGAGAAGAUCGUUGACAAAGCAAUGAAUGUUCAUGACCAAAACAAACAGAGUGAGGCUCCUGAAUCUGUGCAGAAAGUUCAAGUUCAGGAGCAGUCUCAAGAACAAUCAGACUCUCCACAGUUGAUUCGAACCGACAGUCAUAAAGUCGUUGAUAAGUCAGAAACCGAACAUACUAAGGAUAUAAUCGUGAAAGCGGGAGACGAAACAGCAGUAGAGCCUUUAAAAUUGGAAAAAUCUCCAGAAGAAUAUGACAAUCGAGUUGGGCCCGAGCUUGCUCUCAAGGCAAUGUCUAAAGAUGAAGAAGUCGUUGAGCCUCAGAUUUUACCUGUAUCAGAGGAACUAAAUAUAGAGCAGGUGCCGUGCAGCGUGACUAAAAAUGACGCAGAAGAUCAUAGCUUGCCAGUAAAAGAGGUUGUCGAAGGCGAGAAAAAACGGCUUAGUUUCCACGCAAUGGAAGAAAGUAGCGGUAGUGACAUCACGCCCUCACCUUCCCCUGUGGUUCAGAGGAGGAGGCUAAAAGUGACCGAUGUGUCAUCUACCAGUGAGGAGAACAAAACGGAAAGUGCUGACUCAUCAGUAGAAGAUGAAGACUUCAUCCGCAGUCAGAUCAUGGGCAUGGGUGAUGAAAAGGAAAUGUCUCUCUUGGAGGAUGAAAAAGAAACAAAAUUGGACAAUGAGGAAGCAAUAAAAAAGGCGGAGCUUGAUAACGCCUCCACAAAAUCCAAUUUACUCUCUAACAAGGGCAGCACAGAUAAUGAAGGAACGCUAGUAUGGACGAAAUCCCCUCUAACAACAGGCGAGACAACCAUACAUGAAACUGUUCCCAGCACGACGUUAAAGAAAGCUAUUCCAGUUAUCAAACAUAGACAAAGCACUGAUGAAGAGGUAGAGAGCAUCACUGAGUCCUUGUCAAAAGGCUCAUCUAGCAUGCAUGUUUCUAGCUUAACUCCAGCUUCGUCACCUACGUCAGCAUCAUCCCUGGAGGAGGACAGUGAUAGCAGUCCGAGUCACAAAAGAAGUAGUGGGGACAAACAGUAUCGCAAGGGUAAACACCGACAUGCAACCCAGCCUCUCCCCACCAUCGAAGACUCCUCUGAGGAAGAGAAAUCUCGCAAAGAAAAGAACCAAGUCAACCUCCAUGGCCGCUUGUCUCCAAAUAAAAGUUCUUCACCUGCAGACGAUCUUAAACAAGUCACAGUAAUAGAGGAAACCAGUAAAACAUCUGGCUCUGAGUACUGGGCCAGCAUUGAAUCAGAGCCAGAAGUAAAACAAGCAGUGCAGAGAGGAGGCAAACCUUCUCCAACGGUGAUACCAUACACUCCAUCUGAGUCAUUUGAAGAGAAGGAAGGUGUUUCAAAAUCAUUAAAGAGUGCCGACCAAGCGUAUGAGGACAUUCUUGAGAAGGCCAAAGCUAUCCCAGGUGAUAGUCCUCCUGGUGUUGAGCCUCUUUAUGGUGGAAUGUCAAUUGAGGACUAUCUCUAUGAAUCCUUGGUUGAGGAGCCCGAGAUAAUGAUGGCUGAACCUAAAUGGGAAACAAGCCCUGAACCUUUGAAGAAACUCAGGUCUCCGGAGGAAGUUUACGAAGAGAUGAUGGAAAAAAAGAGGGAGUUGAUGAUGAUAGAACAAGAGUUUAAACAGGCCCAGACAGCCUUGGAAUCUUCAUCUGUGUCUCCUCCAGAUCCUGAGACCUGUGUAGUAAUCAUGCCCACAGAAGCCACAUUACAAACUGGAGAAAGCAUGACUCCUCCUUCUGAUGAAACAUCGGUCAAGAAGAAGAAACGACCAGCCCCACCUCGCCCCACUGAACCCCCCAAAAGAACUGAGGUGGCUGUUGCUCCAAGCACAACAUCUGGUUCAAUAGGUUUUGUUCGGCCCAUGGUACCUUUAGAUCCUGCAAUUAGAAAGGCACUCUUUCCCAUACCUGACCUCAAAAUUACACAGUGUUCAUCAGGAGAGGAAGAGGAUGACAGUCUAGCCGAUGAGUAUGGUGUUGGUAUUUCAUCUGACAUUACCCCAAGUGAUGAUUCCGAACCUAAAGACGAUCAAUCCAUAAGCCCACCCUUGUCUGAGCCAAUUGAAAUUGAGCCAAUCUCUGUGGUCUGUGAAAUCCCAGAAGCAAAACCCAUUCCAACUCCAAUAUCAGCUCCAGAACUGACAACGACACCUUCCCCUAUAUCACCACAGUCACCACCAACAUCACCGGCCACGCCCGAUUCCAGUCUGGAAUCUAAUACCACAUCUUCAUCCUCCUACCAGGCUCAAACACCUCAAUCUUCAGACUCGACUCCUCUCUCUACACCAACAACUUCUUUAUUAACUCAAACCCCACGAGAGGGUGCACCCCUGAUAUGUGUUAAAGGUGAUGUACCGUCAAAAGAAAGCUCUGAAGUCAUAGUUGCAAUUCCAGAUGUGGUGUCUGAUCCGUCUAAAGCUGAAACGGCUGAACCGAUCCAAGCUAGUUCUUAUGUCCGAGAAUCUUCAAUCUCCACUACAGGAGAGAGACCUCCGCCAGUUGUAGUUGAAAUGCCAGAUUUGGUUUCAUCCCCUUCGCAAAUGCCCAUUGAAGCUGCAUCGAUGCAAGAAGUGUUAGCAAAGAACACAGAACUUGUUGCUGUCGCAUCCAAGCCAAGAGCCCCAUUUACCCAGUCUCCACCUACAACCAUUAUACAAGGAUCUGUUCCAACUUCACCUCAUGUACCCAAGACCUCUGCUGUUGCUGCUGUAUCAUCCCAUGAGCCAGUAAUAGUCCAGAUGCCUGACCUCGUUUCGACUACAUCUCAAUUUUCAACACAAAUAUCUUCUGCAGUCUCAACAAUCACAGCUCAGGCACAACCAAAUGUUGUACACUCAGUACAACCAGCUGCAGCAUCAAUGAUCCCAGUGUCUGCUCCAUCAACUACUGCUGUAGUUAAAAAGAAAGUCCCACCUCCCCCUCCCCCGCGAUCGACAUCAGUUUCACUACCUGACCAAGGCGGGGCAAGGUUACCUACAAGGGGUGUUCAACACGUCUCCACAACUGGAGUCACAGUUUCAUCCCAACCAAUGCAGUCUGUAGUCGUGGAUAUACAGCCACGAAUGGAGGAUAUGAGACCAGAUGAUGCCGCUGUAGCUCAAAUAGUGACCCCAACACGAGCAGGGCAUGUGGUUAUCAUUGUGCCAAGUGUUGAAAACAAGUCUCGGAUUUGCCAAACUCCUCAAGACAGUGCAAAAACAUCUACUGCAUCUCAGGCACGAACCACAGAAUCAAUAUUAUCAUCCACUAAAGUGUCGACAGGACCAAUUCCACCACUCCCACCUAAACCUGUUGUGAGAACUAAUGUGGAACCGGUAGAAAUACCUGUAGCAGAUACACAUCCACCCCCUCCCUCCACUUUACCAAAACCUACUAUUUAUCCAAAGCCACCAGUUUCUACUCCAGCUACGGUACAACAGGUUUCACUUGCAUCUGGCACCAGUCUUUCCUCAAAGGCUCCCCCACCAAUACCACCUAAGCCUGUAAUAAUUCCAGCUGGGCUAGUAUUCAGCCACAAACCUGGAGAAAGUGUCAAACCACCCCUUGUUGUUACAUCAAAAGCUGCAACACUGCCAAGGACCAAACCACCUCCGAAUGCCCUGUCACUUAGCCUGACUCGUCCCGUGGAGAGUAAGUCAGGGGCAACGUCUCCCAAAUCACCGCUAUCUCCAAGACAUUCCAAAUGCUUGAAAACAUACGUAGUGAUAACGCUGCCAUCGGAGCCUGGCUCACCCACUGAAGUGAUAACAGUCCAGGCACCAAUGAGACGGGGAUCUAUUCCAGCUACCAAAGGUCCAGGGGUUCGAACGACACCUUCAGAACAGAAAACACCCAGCGAAACAUUUUCAACUCAGGACAUGGUUAGGAGAACCUCUGUCCCAACUGUGAAGCAUUUGCCCCCAAUAGCUACAGUAUCAGCUAUUCCAUUAGAACAAGUUGAACCCAAUAAUACUGUCGUCUGUGACACACCAAUUCAGGCUCAUAGUGUUCCAGACCCAAUAAAGAAGCCAUAUACACCGGUGCAGCAACAACAAGCAGUCUAUCACCCAUUGCCGCCCAAAACAAUGCUUCAAAGUACCAUUGGGACUCCAGCAAUAAGCGCUCAAAAGGAGGCCGGCGCAACACCACAUUCCGAUUCAUCUGUCAGUCAACAACCAAAAUUAUUCUCAGAAGGUGCAACCCUUCCACAAGAGAGUUCAGUUGACGCUCAAGUUCCGGUGGCCCAAAUACAAACGAUGCCGACCCAACAGCCUCUGACACAACAUGUCUCUAUUAUGUUAGAGCCCAGAUUAAGUGGUGAUGUACUCAUUCCUCAAGAAAACACAGUUACCGUAUACUCUAAUACUCAACAGCAUAAAAUUGAGGUAGAAAAAACUCAAUUGCAACCAGAAAUUCCUGGUGGAAGUGUUAUCAUAGAGAAGGUGGAAAAAUCACCUAUAGCAAUGAGCCAACAACUACAUACAGCAACUGAGCAAAUACCCUAUUCUUCAGCUGGUUGGAUGACCCCACAAGCAGCAAUAGAACCACAAAAGGAUUAUGUUGUUACGAUUCCAGAUGUACCAACAUUACCUCAGGUGCAUAAAAACAUUGCACAAGCUCCCACAUUACCAAAAUCAGUUAUAAUGGAGUUACAACAUGUAACCCCACAUCCAGAGGAGCCUUCUGUUACCUAUUCUCCUCAAGUCUACAGAACUCUUCCAUCAACAGUCAUGCCAUGUCCAACACCUCCACUUGAGGUCAUUGCAUUACAGCCAGACACUACACAUACAAUGGAUGCUGCAAUGACACAAGCACCAAUCUCAACUGGAAUUCAACCUCAGACAGUUGUUUUAAUGCCCCAUGAAGUUAUACUUGAGCAAACUUCAAAUAAAAGUAAGCCAAUAGAAAAUCACCCAUACAGCACAAGCGAAAUAUUUACAUUUCCUACAGAUUAUGAAAUGCCGCCCCAAGUUCCCAACACUGAUGCCUUUGCCGCUACAAGAAGACAAUCUUUAACCAUACAGCAGCCUUUGGUAAUAAACAUGCCUGCAGAAAAAGAUGUUCCUUCUGCUGUGCAUGACACCUACAGAACAAGCCCAUUUCCUUCUGUUGAAGAACCGCAGCUAUUUAAAUAUUCAUCUGAAUAUGAUCGCCCACUGGAGAUUAUAACUACUGAGGCGUUCACAAGAAGAACAUCAAGACCUACUAUACACGACGUUCCACCUGGUGGAGCCAUUGCUCCAAUCACCAUCACUAAAAUUCAGCAAGAGUCCAUUGAAAGCCAAGAAAUUCGAGGUCCCGAAAAGGUUGUCUCCAGUAUGAGUCGCAAGUACUCUUCUUCGGUUUCCACUACGGGCCAGCCUGCUGAAAUCCUGCCAAGUUUAGUCACCCAAGUUGUAACCACAGAGGUCCAGAGAACCACCGUGUCUGUAGUGCAUGAAAGACUUCCUCCACCAAGCGCAGAAACCAACAUAAUACCAGAUGAAAGCAAAUAUCAAAUUCAACCGAAACAAAACGGUAAAAUGAUUUAUCAUGGAGAUGUUAUGGAUUUACGGACUGUAAAGGUUGGUGCGAAGAUGACUGAACAAGGUAUGGAUUUGACUCCACCUGAGUUAUAUCGACAUUCAUCCAAUGACUCUGUGCGUCAAAUAACAGCAGUGCAGCCUGAAAUUGUAAAUCUCAGUGCCGAAGUUGUCCCUGCAACUACAUUGGCUUUAGUAACUGACAGCAUCACAAUUGUCACAUGCACUGCCACCAUUGCUUCAUACGGCAACCCUCCAGCAGAGAAACCGCUUGACUUACAAGGGCCUGUAACAUCCUUACCCCUGCCUCUCACUACAUAUAAACCAUGUGAGCCACUGGCACAAAUUGUAUACAGACCUGUGAGUGCCCAGCCUGUAGUUACAUCCACAGCUCAAGAACUACCAAUGAAUCUGUCCUAUGGAGCAAUCGUCAGUGGGCACAAACAAUCAAAAACUCCCACUUCAACAGAUAUCAACAAUGUUCUAGCUUUAGAGGCGAUGGGUGCUAUGGAUCUGUCCAACUACAAACCAGUGAGGUCAAUGGUAGCCUUAUCUGGAACAAGCCCUGAAGUAGUUACGACUGUUAUUGAGGAUGAUGGGGCACCAGUUGACCUCACAGCUGGUAGAAGAAGUGUAUGUUGUGAUGUUAUAUACAAAUUACCAUUUACUGGAAGCUGUAGAACACAACCCCCUGUCACAACUCAGCCUGACAACCGUCUGGCUCACAGAGAUGACAACCAUCAGUAUGAAGGUACUGGACAGCGUAUCAUCCAUGGUGUGAAUGGCGACAAAGCUUUGAUAUCUGAUACCAGCCUCAGAGAGGUAGGCCUCUUUCCCUAUGAUCCCAACAAAGACUAUCACUACCUCAAUGGAUCAACAGACAGCGCUAUUGACCUCACUGCCAGCCAACUUUCUACUGGUAAAGCACUAGACUACACUAGCAAAGCCACUGCAACCUUGGCCAGGAUGACGCCUUCUCCGUCUUCUCAGGAUGCACUCACGGCUUACAGUGUCAGUAAUGCUCUUAGAACUUCAGAUGGAAUGGUUUACUCUUCCGUCUCUGUCCCAGUUCCAUCAACAUACGCAGUCACCACCCAACCUGGCUCUAUCUUUAGCACAAGCUUGGUGCCCACAUCAACAAUCCAGAAUCAGUCUGUGCCCCAACAAUUCGGCUACAUCCCUGCCACAGACCAAGUCCAAAUUAUACCUUAUGACACCGGGCUUUCGAAAGAACUUUUCCCCACAGCAUUGGCUGACAUUAUAACAGGCUAUCCAGAAAUGUACUCAGAUACUACACUAGAAGCACUCGCUGCUUCUCUCGAUGUGUUAGCCUCUUCUCCAAUAUUUCCUGGGUUAGACAACACAAAAAUGGCCCAGUACCAGAUGGAAAGGGAGUUUCUGGAGUUAGAAAAGCUUAAGCAGUUAUGUCUUGCUGAGGAGUUAGAGUGGGAGAGACAAGAGAUCCAGCGCUAUCGGGAACAGGAACAGCUCAUGGUGCAACAAGAACUUGAGGAACUCCAGGCUCUGAAACAACAGCUUCUUAUGCAACAAGAAGAAGAGCACCAUGCUCACAUGAUGGCUCAGCAGCAGACAUAUGCCCAACAGAAAGAGCAAUUGCAGCAAAUCCAGCAACUCCAGCUUCAACUUCAGCGUCAGUUAGAGGAACACUAUGGUAGCACAGGUACCACGACAAACCUCCUUGAAGCCAAAUAUGCAGGGGUAGGAGACAGUGGGCAAUACUGGCCCGUCAAAGAUGAAUCUACAGGUCCAGCAAUUGGAACACAGUUAGAAGAAACUCAGGACCAGAAUAGCAUACCAAAACGCCUUCAAGAUGAUCAAGAAACAGGCAAAAAGAUCAUUGACAGUGGGGUGCAGACUGACGAUGAAGACUCAACCGAAAAGCAGCAUGUUGGAAGAAGAAAGAAGAAUAAGAGAAACAUUGAUAGCUCAGCUCAGAGUGAUGAUGAAGACCAAGACGAUUGGGAUACUCCUGCAAAGGCUCGACGACGCUCUAGAAAACAUAGCAGUGAAGGAAAACAUAACUCGAAGGUUUCCAGCAUUGCUAUCCAGACUGUUGCUGAGAUAUCUGUUCAGACUGACCACUCUGGAUCUAUCAAACGACCUAAAGUUCAGAUGGACACCAAGGUGGAAAUAAUCAAACAUAUCUCAGCUCCUGAAAGCUCUCAGAGAGGGGGUAGUCUUAGCUGUCAGACAGAUUCAGACAGAAGACACACACCUAUUGAAGUGGGUUAUAACACACACCUCACAACUGAUGCCAUGGGUAGAUCAAGAGGUUUCUAUACAACAGUUUCUCCUAUAUCACAUGCGACAUCACUUGGAGGACAGAAAAUGUUGACUGCUGACGCAAGCAGAUUUUCCUCAUGCCCUCGUUUAAAGCCUGGUCAGAAGUCUUUAUCUGAUCCUAAAUCUCUGAGUCCGGCCAAAGAAGACAGGAUGGGAGUCUACUACGCAGACACAUAUUCAGGUCGAGGUUCACCCUCCGGUACAGGUAAGAAGGUAAAGCGUACACUGCCAGAUCCACCUCCUGAGGAUGAUCCGCUGAUGGGACGCUCAGGGUACAGCUCCAACUCUGCCCGGCGACGGCUGGCUCGCAGCACUACGAUGGCCCGGGCCAAGAUUCUGCAGGACAUCGAUAAAGAGCUUGAUAUGGUGGAGAGGGAAUCUUCAAAACUACGCAAGAAACAGGCUGAACUGGAUGAAGAAGAAAAGGAAAUUGAUGCCAAGCUACGGUACCUGGAGAUGGGUAUCAAUCGGCGAAAGGAGGUCCUGCUUAAAGAGCGAGAAAAGCGGGAGAGGGCCUAUCUCCAGGGGGUGGCUGAAGAAAGAGAUUAUAUGUCAGACAGCGAGGUUAGCAACAUUAGAGAUGAUCGGAACGACGGACUGGAGAGGCCGCGAACGGCGCCUCAGUCGGAGUUUGAUCAGUUCAUACCCCCGCAGACUGAAGCGGAUUCCCAAUACAACACACUUACAAGCCCCUACUCUCAUUACGGCCAGUAUGUUCCCCAGACUCAAACGACAAGCCAUUAUACCCAACAUAAUCUGUAUGAGCCACAGUCCGUUUACCACCAACAGGUGUCUCCUUACCAGCAUGUCCCGACCCUCUCCCUCUCCCACAGUCAGGAUCAGACAAGCAGCUAUCAACACGCUCUGCUUCUACCACAAGGAAAGCAGCGGCAAACUGACCUCUCUGAUUUAGAGCCAAAGAUCGCAACUAAUUACGAGGUCAUACGUAACCAACCACUCAUCAUUGUACCAACCUCUUCAGAAAGUGGUUUUGGGGUGGCUCACCUUGGAGGCAAGUAUGGCAGCUUGGACUUAAGGCUAGGGUUAGAGGAGCGGAGCAUGGCCUCUAGUCCCAUGUCGAGCAUCUCUGCGGAUUCCUUCUACGCUGAUAUCGACCACCACAGUGCCAGGAACUAUGUACUGAUCGAGGACAUAGGGGAACUCACAAAGGCCUCAACUGGAUUGGGUACUACUGGCUUGGGUUCUGGAUUUAACCUGCCUGAUAAAGAGUUAUCCAAGGCAGACAGACUACUUAGGGCAGCACAAGUCAGACGCGCAGAGGUAGCAGAUUUUUUAGGUCAGUCCCAACUCCAAGUUUAUGGUAAAGGAGAAGAAGACACUAUGGAGGAGCCUUAUGAAUUAAAGCUACUGAAGCAACAGAUCAAGCAAGAGUUCCGGCGAGGAACUGAGGGACUAGAACAUUUAUCAGGCUUAGGCCUUCCCCAGUAUCUGCACAGCGAUAGCAGCUUUCGCCACUUCCCAAAAGGUGAAAAAUACAGCAUUGGAAGGCUCACUCUUGAGAAGCAGGCUGCAAAGCAACUCCCAGCUGCUGUGCUAUACCAGAAACAGAUGAAGAACAAAAAGGCCUCGCUAGACCCAAAGGCCAUCACUAAAUUUUCCCCUAUUCAGGAGAGUCGGGAUUUGGAGCCGGACUUUGGCAGCUACAUGGGAUCUGGAGCGUCCUCUGUUACCAACCUAGCUGCCAGAGCAAGGCUACUUCAGGAUGAGAUUACCUUUGGACUGAGAAAGAAUUUAUCAGAGCAGCAAAAGUACUUAGGCUCCUCACUUGGAGCCAACCUAGCUGGUUCUCUGGGGCAGUCUCUGGGACUCGGGUCAAAUAUUAGGGCCUCUGCCCAGGAUGAUGGAACUUACCCAAGCGGCAGUCGUUCUAGGCCAUCAUCUCGCCCUUCUUCCCGACCCUCCUCAGUCUACGGGUUGGAUCUAUCAGUCAAACGGGAUCUUUCCAGCUCCUCGCUACGACUCAAAACCGAGGGGGAGGUAUUGGAUGCAGCAUUCGCUCCCGGCGUGACUAGAACAAAACCCACCAGUUUGCCGAUCAGCCAAAGCCGGGGUCGUAUCCCCAUCGUGGCUCAGAACUCUGAGGAGGAAAGCCCCCUGAGCCCGGUGGGUCAGCCGAUGGGCAUGGCUCGAGCUUCGGCGGGGCCCCUCCCUCCGAUUUCCGCCGACUCCAGGGACCAGUUUGGCUCCAGCCAUUCCCUGCCAGAGGUCCAGCAACACAUGAGGGAAGAAUCUCGAACUCGCGGCUACGACCGGGAUAUCGCAUUCAUCAUGGACGACUUACAAGGUGCCAUGUCGGACAGUGAAGGACUCAGUGAGUCCAUGCUGGUGUUGAACAGAGAGGAAGCCAGAAUCUUUCAUGAAAGUAUCUCACACGCUGGAGGCCCAAACUGGAAUAUGGAAGCCUACCAUCUGAGACAAGAGGACACUGACUGGUUCGACAAACCGAGAGAAGGUCAUCCUCAGGCCAGACACAUGGCUGACAGGAGACAGAUGAAACUCGUCCCUUACGUCUUCCCUCACACUCGAGUCAAGCUCACCAGAGACCAGAGGGAUUCUAGCGUGUCAGGGAAUGGACUCGGGAUCCGGGUGGUAGGCGGCAAGGAGAUCCCGGGAAGCCGAGGGGAGAUCGGCGCCUACGUUGCCAGAGUCAUCCCAGGAGGCAUCGCAGAACAAACAGGAAAAGUCAUUGAGGGCAUGCAGGUGCUAGAGUGGAACGGCUUGCAUCUGACGGGAAAGACCUACGAGGAAGUGCAAGGCAUCGUUGGUCAGGCCUGUGCAGAGGCGGAGCUCUGCGUGCGGCUAGACCUUAACAUGCUAUCAGACCCCGAGCACCCACAAGUCCUGGAGCACCACGUCCAGCUUAAGGCUGUCGGAGGCCAGCGUUCCCCCGGUGUGGAUCCCAAUCAGCUGGCCGCGGAGCUGCAUAAGGUGUCCCAGCAGCAGGCGCCGGGCGUGAUGGGCGGGACUGGCGCAGGACUCGGAGGACCUGCGGGUCUGAGCGUGCUGUCGGCGCUGGAGCGUUCGGCUCUUCUCCAUUCGGGCACCGGAUCAGCUGCCUCCAGCGGGGUGCCCAGCCCUGGCCAACCUGGCUCGCCAGCUAUCAAUAAGAAACAACGAAACAAGACCUCGGACAUGAUAAGGAUGUCUCAUCCCAUUACUGGAGAAAUUCAGCUGCAGAUCAACUACGACAGGAACGUAGGAAACCUGAUCGUCCACGUACUCCAGGCCAGAAAUCUGGCGCCGAGGGACAACGAUAGCUACUCGGACCCUUUCGUCAAGGUCUACUUGCUGCCUGGGAGAGGUCAAGUCAUGGUUGUCCAGAAUGCAAGUGUGGACAACAAGAGAAGGACUAAGUACGCCCAGAAGACAGUGAACCCGGAAUGGAACCAAACUGUCAUCUACAAGAACAUCCAUAUAGAGCAGCUGAAGAAAAAGACUUUGGAAGUGACAGUGUGGGACUAUGACAGAUCCUCAUCCAACGACUUCCUUGGAGAAGUCUUAAUUGACUUGUCUAACACCACCCAACUGGACAACACACCUCGCUGGUUGCCACUUAAGGAGCAGAGCGAGAGCAUUGAGCACAGCAGAGCCCACCACGGGGUUCAGGGGCCACCCGGGUCUGGAGCCGGGCAGGGGCACGGUGCCCAGAGCCAUUUGUCAGGGCCCGGAAUGGGGCCUGGGCAUGGCAUGGGUAUGGGACAAGGACCAGAGCAGGGAGAAGGGAGCUAUGAUUCACCCAUUAACUCUGUAAUCAAGAGCAGAAGCCAUGGAAUCUUCCCUGAUCCAUCCAAAGAUUUGCAAAUGUUGCCUCUGGAAAAGUCUCACAGCAGCCCGGGGAGCUCCAAGUCUUCCUCCGACGGCCAGCUCCGCUCGCACGGGCCGUCGCGGAGCCAAAGCAAGAGCAGCGUCACCCAGGCCCACCUGGAGGACGCCGGGAUAGCCAUUGCUGCCGCCGAGGCUGCCGUGCAACAGUCCCGCCUGCAACCAAGACCAGGGCAUCGGCUGGGCGACAUAUCAGGACCGGUGGUGCUGUCGGCCCCCAGCCUGGUGGGCGACGCCUACGGGGGCGGUCUGGAUGGGGGUGAAGGUGGAGGUACCGGAGUGGAUAGUGCCAUAUUUCAAGUCCCACGAAUUGGUACGACUAUUCCAAAUGGAACGGACAAAAAUCACAUGGGAACUCCAGAGAAUGAAGGAGGUAAGACCCAAGUAAUGGGUGAGAUCAAGGUGGCUCUGAAGAAGGAGGUCAAGACAGACGGCGACCAGUUGGUCCUGGAGAUCUUACAGUGCAGAAAUAUCACUUACAAGUUCAAAAGCCCGGACCAUCUGCCAGACCUGUACGUGAAGUUGUACGUGGUAAAUGUGGCCACUCAGAAGAGGAUCAUCAAGAAGAAGACCAGAGUUUGCCGUCACGACCGGGAGCCUUCGUUUAAUGAGACUUUCCGAUUCCCCCUGAAUCCCACUGGACACUCCAUUCAGCUGUUCUUGGUGUCCAACGGGGGCAAGUUUGUAAAGAAGACCCUGAUCGGGGAGGCCUACAUCUGGCUGGACAAGGUCGACAUGAGGAAGAGAGUGGUCAGCUGGCACAAGUUGCUCGUCAGCUCAACGCCUAGCAACCUCUGAGCAGAUAAUACAAUAAUAUUAACCAUAAAUUAAAAGAAAAAAAAAAAAAAGCAUUUCCAUUAAGAUCCAUUCACAUUCGAUCGAGCGCUAACAACUGCCAGCAUCGACUUUGCGUUCACCUUGUACCAGAGAAGUUGGAAUGUUUAUUGAUAAAAAAGAAUGAUAAUCAUAAAGAAUCGAAAUAAUAUAUGAUUCAGAUGCAGUAUUGAAAUAUUGACAAUCUGGUACAGGUUAAAAAUGAUUGGAUUGUUCGCCAGUCCAUCGCAAGCCAUAUCUGUAUAGACAAAUAUUCAUUGAAGUCAAUCAAUCUAACCACUUUUCCGCCUAUUUGCCAUAUAAAAUUCACUCGAAAAUAUGACAAAAGAACUUCUUAAGUGCGCCGGGUUGCCGAUAUGUUUACGAGUGGGUGACGUAUCGCUGAAAUGGUCACAUGCAGUCAGCAUUUGGCACUCAAAGCAGUGCUGUGGGGAAUGUAGAGGAUGACUACUUUCCUGUAUUUACGUACAAAGUUCCUCUAGCUAUGUAUGUGUGUACAUAUGUGUGUACGACAGUCCCGGUGCGACACGGUGAACCAGCCUAAUUCACUGCCUGUGACCAAAAAAAAAAAAACCCUAGGCACUUAAAUACAGUGCAGGUCCACCCUGUAUACAGUCGUGAUCAUAUUAACUCAUUGGCAGCGCUAGACGUCUAAUCCAUUUUAGCAGUUCAAAUGGAUUGGACGUCUACUUGUGAUAAACUCAUUUAAAUUGAAAAGAGCCAUGUGAUCGGAUGUCUAUCAUUGUCAAUGGCACUGAAAGAGUUUUAAAAAAAAAUGCAAGUCAAUAUGCAGAGGUGGGUAGUAACGUGUUCCAUAUACUUGAGUAAGUUUUGGAGAAAUGUACUUCUAAGAGUAGUUUUACCAUGGAUUACUUUUUACUUGAGUAAAUAAGUGAAGAAACACUACUGUUGCUAUGCUACACUAAAGUAGUUACAUUUCUCGCUACACUGAAGUAGUUAUAUUUAUCCUUGUUAUUUUCCAUAUUACAUUUUACUUUAUUUUUGCUAACACAGUGGCUCUACCAGUUUCACCAAUGAGAUGUCGCGAUAACAUGACUCACUUAUUCUAGUAAUUCUCAAAUAGUGGGCUGCAGCUAUCGAUUAUUUUAGUAGUCGAUUAAUCGAUGUACUAACUUUUCGGAUAAUCAAGUAAUCAGAUAAGGAACAUAAAAAAUGAAAAUACCUUAGCUGAGCCUCAACAGUAUAAAAAAAA